UCAGGGUCGUCAUGUUUUGAAUGUAUAAAGCGUUACGGGAUAACGGGAUGGUGCAAGGUAGUGGAAAUGAGUCAUUCGCUAUUGCUCUCUGCGACCUGUCGCGUAGAACUGAGCAAAUAAGUCGUAAUCGUGCUGCGCUUGGGACGACUGUUCAUGCCGCUCAAUCGUGAAUUGCCAUAAUCACUCAUCGUCUGCAGUAAGAUCCGAACGGUGAAUAUAUAAUGACAAAAAUGUCGCUUAGUUAUCAUGAAGAAAAGAGCAGCAAAUGUGUGAAAGAUGUAUGUCACGCCUUGACUUCCGACUAAUCGCCCAUGUAAUGUUGUCGUAAUGUCCCUCACUUUGAGAACAAACAGAUGGGCUUCAAGAAUAAUCAUUAUAUUACAUCUGGUCAUCUGGAAUGCCGUUGGUAUUAUCCUUGUACAAAAAGGCGUUGGUAUCUUGCGGAAGAGAAUGCUCGAAACUGGCCACAUUAUCGAGACAAGUUCAUUGAUCAAUUUGUCUAUCGAAUCCACCAUUGCAUCUAUAAAACACGCCGAAAAUGAAUAUGAUCUCGCCAUAGCAUCCGCCCGACAACAAUUCAAUCAGAAUGAGAAGAUAAUAAUUCGGGUAAAUUCAGAAUCGUCUCUACAAAAUGAUAGAAACUAUCCUGUAUUGAAUGUAAUUAGAAACGAGUUUGAAACCGCUUCGAAAGAACAGCAACGAUCUGCGCUGUUCCUAUCAAAUUCUUUUGAAAAUUCGACGAUUGAUGGACAAAAAUUGCGAAUAGGAAAUCAUUUAACGGAAAUAAAUAGCAUUAAUCAUCCUGAAAAUAAAAGCGCGUCAACAACCAAAAUCUUGAGAAUAGCUCGCGAUAGGGAACAUACCCUCAAUAAAAUUUUAAAAAAUAUUCACGCGGAAGAAAACGUCACGCGUCUAGGAUCCGUUUCGGAAUCCAAGGAGGAAGGGAAUCGUGAUGCGAAAAGGAAGGAUCUCAAUUCCAUGGAAAACAAACCGAGAUUCUUUAUUAUUGGCACGGACUCUCAAGCGACGAAUAAUAGUCUUCAGAAAAGCAAUGACAGGAUAAAAUUCUCUAAUAAAGGCGGCGCGGCGACAGCAAUCACCAUGGUAGCGAUCGGAGCGAUUAUGUUGCUAGUAGGACCGGUCGUGAUUAUUUUACGCAUUCUGGACGAGAGGAAGCAAGCGAGGAAAUUGCAUGCGUUGGGUGCAGCGCGAGAAGAUUUGCCGCCAACUUAUGAACAAGCUGUCUUCUCGAGCGAAGCGCCAAGAUAUUCGUCGCUCGCUUUAAACGACGACAAUUAUUUGUUACCGUCUACGCCACCCCCAUCACCUACCCUCGUUUUUUCGAAUCUCGUAAUUAAGCCACAUUCUACGUAGAGAAUUAUCAUUAUCUUUUUAUACACAUACGUAAAAUAUCUCUAUGUAUUAUUUUGUGUAAAAUAAAAACGAAUGUGUAUAUUCGCGCGCACGCAAAUGUAGUUAACAGUGAAAGCGAUAAAUUUAUUUUUACUCGUGAAUGCAUAUAAAGUUUUAUAAUAUUUUGUGAAUAAUUCUUAUUUAUUCAAUGCAUAUUAUAUAUUAUAUAUGACGAGAA